CACUUAAUACUUCCCGUAGCAAUAGGCGAAUAUGAAGACCUCAGAGCAGAGAACCAGAAAACAAAGGAGAAGUGUGACAAAAUUAGGCAAGAACGAGAUGAAGCUGUUAAAAAACUGGAAGAAUUUCAGAAAAUUUCUCACAUGGUUAUAGAGGAAGUUAAUUUCAUGCAGAACCAUCUUGAAAUUGAGAAGACUUGUCGAGAAAGCGCUGAAGCUCUGGCCACAAAGCUAAAUAAAGAAAAUAAAACACUGAAAAGGAUCAGCAUGUUGUACAUGGCCAAGCUGGGACCAGAUGUCAUAACCGAGGAGAUAAACAUUGACGAGGAGGACCCUGCUGGGGACACAGACGGAGCUGCGGAGACCUGUGUGUCAGUGCAGUGUCAGAGGCAGAUCAAAGAACUUCGAGAUCAAAUUGUAUCUGUUCAGGAGGAAAAGAAGAUAUUAGCCAUUGAGUUGGAAAAUCUGAAGAGCAAACUUGUAGAAGUAAUUGAAGAAGUAAAUAAAGUUAAACAAGAAAAGGCUGUUUUAAAUUCAGAAGUUCUUGAACAGAGAAAAGUCUUAGAAAAAUGCAACAGAGUGUCCAUGUUAGCAGUGGAGGAGUAUGAGGAGAUGCAAGUGAACCUGGAGCUGGAGAAGGACCUCCGAAAGAAAGCAGAGUCGUUUGCACAGGAGAUGUUCAUAGAACAAAACAAGCUAAAGAGACAAAGCCACCUUUUGCUUCAGAGCUCUGUCCCUGACCAGCAGCUUUUGAAAGCUUUAGAUGAAAAUGCAAAACUUACCCAGCAACUUGAAGAAGAGAGAAUUCAGCAUCAGCAAAAGGUCAAAGAAUUAGAGGAACAACUAGAAAAUGAGACACUGCACAAAGAGAUCCAUAACCUCAAACAGCAACUGGAGCUUCUAGAAGAAGAUAAGAAGGAACUGGAAUUGAAAUACCAGAAUUCUGAGGAGAAGGCCAGAAAUUUAAAGCACUCUGUUGAUGAACUCCAGAAACGGGUGAACCAGUCUGAAAAUUCAGUCCCUCCUCCACCUCCGCCUCCACCACCAUUGCCCCCUCCUCCGCCCAAUCCCAUCCGAUCCCUCAUGUCCAUGAUCCGGAAACGGUCCCACCCCAGUGGCAGUGGUGCUAAGAAAGAAAAGGCAACUCCACCAGAAACAACGGAGGAAGUCACGGAUCUGAAGAGGCAAGCAGUCGAAGAAAUGAUGGAUAGAAUUAAGAAGGGAGUUCAUCUUAGACCUGUUAAUCAGACAGCCAGACCGAAGGCAAAGCCAGAAUCUUCAAAAGGCUCUGAAAGUGCAGUGAAUGAACUAAAAGGAAUACUGGGGACACUUAACAAAUCCACUAGUUCAAGAAGCUUAAAAUCCCUUGACCCUGAAAACAGUGAAACUGAGUUAGAAAGGAUUUUGCGUCGCAGAAAGUUGACAGCAGAAGCAGAUAGCAGUAGUCCUACCGGGAUAUUAGCCACCUCAGAGUCCAAAUCCAUGCCAGUGUUGGGUUCUGUAUCCAGUGUAACAAAAACAGCCUUGACCAAGAAAACUCUGGAGGCAGAAUUCAACAGUUCGUCCCCCCUAACACCUGAGCCAGGUGAAGGGCCCCGUAAAUUGGAAGGAUGCACAAGUUCCAAGGUUACGUUUCAGCCUCCCAGUAACAUUGGAUACAGGAGAAAAUACAUUGGCAGUGAAAAACAAGAUGAACCAGUUAUAGUUUUAGAUCCUGUUUCCUCACAUGAACCCCAAACCAAAGACCAGGUUGUUGAAAAAGAUCCAACUCAGUGCAAGGAGGAGGAAGGCAAAACUGAACCAGAAUUCAAAGAAGACAGCGUUGAAACAACGAGAGAGACGGACAGCUCCAGCUGCUGAUCUGCAAACCAGAAGGCUGGCUCUUGGGAAGUCCUUUUCAAUAAGCACAUGACUCAUCUUGGUGUAUUGUCAAGGGCUAUAGACACUUUUCUCUGGUCACUGUACUCAAUAGGUCUUUCCUGGUGUCACUUUUGUAAGUAGCAACUGUUAUAAGCAUAAGUGAGCUAUUUAGCAAAAUACACAUUCUAAGUAGUUUUUGUUUUUUGAUCUUUAUAGGGAUAAGGUAUUUCCUAGUUACUAUAUGUAUUAAGUAUGACUUCUUUUAGAAGGUUACAAGACUCAGAUGUUGAUAUCUUUUUAGGAAAUGUGCAUUACACUCAUCAAUUUUAGUAAGGCUGAAAGUUCAAGGUGUUUAUAGAUAAUUGGGUAAACAGAACUGACCAACUCCACAUGAUUUAAAAAGCCCCCCCAAGAAGCUUCUGUUUAGGGUCUGGUCCUCUCUUGAUGGACAAACUGCAGCAGCUUGGGAAUGGUUGGGGUCUGUGGCAUGCAAAUAAUAUUCAAGGAUAAAUGCAGAUAAACUUCAAACUCAGGAGCUGGCAUCAAACUAGUAGUCCCUUGGGUCUGUGUUAACUGUUGGAUGUUAACUGUUGCCCAGUGCCUCCCAGGGACUUCAGUGGGAAUGUUCUGGUUGCCUGAAUACAGAGUGGAGGGGCAGGUCCAAACCUCGAAUUUCACAGUAAUAUCUUGGUAAACCAUGUUUUCUGUCCUAUGAGUUAAUUGUGUUUUCCCAUAUACGAAUGUGGCACAAGUACCAUAUUUUGUCACAGUUCUUAUGUACAGUGAAGAUAAGUGACAAGCACACAUUUUUCUUGCUUCACUGCUGUUCUACAUUACACAGGUUUAUUUAUUUUUUUCCCUUAAAGAAAUUAAGUGGUAGUUAGUCUCUAAAAAUACAAUGUUUCAGGCUACCACAGUGAAUAAAUAGAAAUGUAAUCAGGGAUUUUUUUUAAAAAAACUUAUGCAGCUUUUCAAAGUUGAUUGUUUCAAAAUUGGUGUUUAUUUAAAAUAAGUGGUAAUGUACUUGAAUGCACUUUUUUAUGACAACGAUUCAGUAAUGGUAAUUUUACUAUUAAAGAAAGUGAAAGGUUUAGUUUUGUUAGCAUGACUCAGCAUGUAGCUGUCAGGUGUUUCUCACCUAAGGGCAGGAGAAAAUGAUAGUAAUAAUUGCAGUAGUCGUAUUGUAUUUUUGCACGUGUGCUUGAGCAUUGGAGAGGUGGGAGGCAGUGAACAUACUUCCUCCAAGUGGAGACAAUUAUCUUCCUGUAGGUUCCUUAUGCUCAACUCCUUCCAUGUUCUUCCAGUGAUGAUUUUCCAGUUUCCUAUCAGUUUACUUGUGAGGAAUUAAAAUGUAAUGAUUUUCAACUGUAUAUUUCCCUAACUGAAUAAUACUGCUCUAUGGUAUUUAACUACAAACUGAUGAAUUCGCUUAGAUGAGUUCUGUUAUGCUGUGAUUUGAACUCUCCUCACCAGAAAGUAUUAAAAGAGAGAGAAAAAAAAAAAAAAGCACCAACAGUUUCCAUUAAGGGUCAAUUGUGGUUAUUGACUUGUUGUUUUGGUUUUGGUUUUGGUGGUGCUGGGGUCUGAACUCCAGAGCUUUGCAUAUGCUACCUCGAAGCUACAUCCCCAACCCCAAAACUCAGCCAACCUUGACAUUCUUUAAUAAGAUAUUUGUAUAAGUUGAUGAGUUUAGUAAUUUUUGAUGACACACAGAAUGGUUUCCAUUGAGCAGCUCUCCUCUGUUUCUGCCAUGGCCUGCUGGUGUGUGCGUUGUUUGCGGUUAGGAAUAUGAACACCACGCACACCAGCAGGAUAACAUGGUUAUAAAAACACCUUUGUGUCCAGUAAAAAUACUUCCUGUUUGGUGAGACGUGCCACCUGGGCCAGGCUGCAGUCCGCACCUGGUACUUUCCAUGUUCUCUUUCCAAGCUGCCUACUGUACUUCCCCCGUGACCACGACACACCUUAAGUUACUGUGACAUAAAGAUAUUUGAAGAUCGUUUACUCACCUUUUUCCUACAGUUUUUCCCUUUCACCUCAGUUUUCAGGUUUGCCCCUGCUGGGGGUAACUGUCAACAAAGCAGCUGGUCCCAGAUAGUAAGAAAUGGGGAGACCAGUGUUUCUGUCUUAAAGGUAUGUUCUUGGCUAUUUACACCCAAAACAUAUACCACUUUAAAACUGGGAGGAACCCCAUGUUUUUGUUUUCUCUAAAAGGGCAUUUGUUUCUCCUUCUCUCUGGGGGAUAAUAGAUUAAAUCUCUGCUAGUUUUCUUAACUAACGUUGAUAUACUUUCAUAACCACAGUGAGACAGAGGAAUAGAGGUCCUGUAUGCUGUUGCUUCUUAAAAAAAGAAAAAAUGUCUCUCUCUUCUCUGGAAGAAUAAGAAGAAUUGAAUUAAAAUUCUUGCACCUUU